AUGGUCGAUCUCCGGCGAACUCAUUACCGAAGGCCUAAUUUUACUAUAUCUGUCGCAGUGGAUAUUAACCCUCAGAGAAGAUGGCAGGACCAGCUAGAGUUGGAGAACAGCAGUCUGAGGGAGCUGGUGGAGGAUUUACGUUCAGCCCUCCAGAGCAGCGACGCGCGGUGUUUGGCACUGGAGGUUGCGUUACGCCGAAGAGACAUGCCAUUCCAAAAUACUGCUGGAGGAACCCCUGAAACACAAAACUGCAAAACACAACCACAGCAAUCCAAACACAUGGAAUGGGACUCCAGAAGAAGCACUAAAGACCUUCUACGAGAGCUGGAACUGAUCCGUGCUUCACGUGAUGGACAGCUGGAGGAAGCCAUGAGGUUUAACCAGAGGUUAGAGGAAGAGCUGAUGGUGGCUUAUGGAGAGAUUAGCAGGAUGCAGGAGAUGCUGGACAGCGUCCGGACUGAAAACACACAGAUUAAGAAGAGGACUGAAGAGGUCAGAGAGUCACUGGCCGCAGGGCUGCAGGGUGUGAGGGCCUUACAAGAGCAGGCUCAACAAGCUGACCUGCUCCGAGAACAAGUCCAGAGUCUGGAGAGCCAGCUGGAGAAGUUCAGGGCCCAGUGCAACUGCGCAGAGCUAAAUAUGAACAAAACCGAAAUACUAGCUGAACCUUGUGGGUCUGGAUUUUCCUCCCCCGCCAGUCAUGAUGAUGGCAGAAGAGAAGAAGACCUGCAGAGGUCAGUAGAGGGUCGGGCAGCAUCCGAUGAGGAAGAGGAGGAGAGGGGCAUGGAUGAAGGACAGUGCUGCCACCUGGAGGUGAAACGGCUGAUCAACAGAUUACACAGCUGUGCCAAAGGGUGUCAGAAAGCUGCUAUCUGUAACUGGCUUGCCUCUCAGAGCUCCGCUCACAGCAAAGAACCUAAAGCACGUGUGUGGAUCUCAUCUCAAGCGGAUGAGAGGGGAAAUGAAGCAGGAAAGAUGAAGCAGAAAGAGGUAGAGAGUUUGAGAGUUUAUCAUUCACUGCUGGAGGAGAGACUGACUGACACGCUCACGUUACUGCUGCAGAUCCCACAUAAAAGAGUCUCUCGCAGGAUCUUGGGGAAAAUACUGAUUAACACACUAGAUCUGUGUACUAGAAAAAGCCACGACUGCACUCCGGUGGUUCAGGUGGUGGACACACUGUGCCGGCAGCUCCUCUCCAGUGACCUCCUGGAUGGAGGAGAGGAGGUCAGCGUUGGGUCACGACCUUCUGUGACCUCAGGUCACCGGAACACGUCCAAACCCCUUCUGAUGUCCCGCUGAGAGCUCACAGAUGCCCCACUUAAGACGCGUGGGGGAAGUCGUGGCCUAAUGGUUUGAGAGUCGGACUCGUAACCCAA